CACGCAUCAGUUUGAGAAAAAAAAAUCAUGGCGCCGCAAAUACUAAUAAGAGAUCUGUCAGUAAAAGAUCUCUGUUACAAGCAGUUUCAACUAGAAUUGUGCAGUGACUGUUCGUGUAUCAGUGAGGUCACAAAGCAACCUAGGUGUUGUGAAACGCCACAGCCGCCGAACCCGUUUCCCAGCGACUGGUUGCAGGAGCCAGAGGUGCAGCCCAACAUCCUUUGUUCCAUGAUGCUCUUCCUCACUCUCUUCAUGGCAUUCGUUUUCUGCGCGUUAAUCGUCUACUCUAUAGGCAGAUCUCUACCUACUCUGAUCGUGGGAAAAUCAAAGGCUGCUGGUAAACUUGAGUGCAUAACUUGCACCGACUACACUCUCGACGUGAGUGCUUUACAUUCUCUAUGUUUGGACUUUGGCAACGAAAAGCUGCCCGUGAGUCCACCCCCCAUCCAGCAGACAGAUGGGGCAUCGGGCGACCAUCAGGAUGGGGCCGGCAGCACCCAACGGUUGGAGCAAGUCAAUUCCAUAAAAGUCCUGUUCCAUUGAGGUGAUGCCUCGUUGGCAUCAACAGUCUCAGACAAUCAGAAUGGUCACUAAGUGGUAG